AUGAGCGGAAGUAAAAAUCUUGAGCAAAUCAUCGCAUGUCCUGUUUGUAACAAGAACGUUAGUUUUUCUACUAUAAAUGAUCAUCUUGAUAGAUGUACCGCUCGUUCUAAUUCUACCACGGGAGAAAAGACUUCCUCUCUGUCUGAAAAUCCAAGGAAACGUAAGCUAGAGAAAGCUUCUGAAGAGAUUGCUGACGAUGUCGAAGUUAUAGAGGAUGUUGGUAGUCCUUCGGGUUCUGGCCCUAUAAUGCAUAGUAAGCGCGCGGUUACUACCUCAUCAAUGGAAUCUGAGGUGAAACAAUGCAAGAGAAUAGCACAUUUACCACUAAGUGAAAAGCUGAGACCUAAGAAUCUGAAUGAAUAUGUUGGACAGCAGCAUAUACUAUCGAAGGAGAAAGGAGUUCUGUUUAAAUAUAUUAAUCAAGGUACUAUUCCAUCGAUGAUACUAUGGGGCCCUCCUGGGGUUGGGAAGACUUCAUUAGCGAGGCUACUAACUAAAACUAUUAAUGAAGAGCGCAAAGCUCAGCUGACAUAUAAGCUAGUGGAGACUAGCGCCACAAAAGCAACUAGUCAGGAACUGCGAACGAUUUUUGAGAACUCGAAGAAAGAGUUCAAUCUCACCAGGCGAAUGACAGUGCUUUUCAUUGAUGAAAUACAUCGUUUCAAUAAGUCACAACAGGACCUAUUGCUUCCACACGUAGAAGGCGCUACCGUUGUGCUAAUAGGUGCUACUACCGAGAAUCCCAGUUUUCAGUUGAACAAUGCACUGAUUAGUAGGUGCCAAGUUUUUGUUCUUAGUAAAUUAACAGUGGAAGAGAUAACCAUGGUGCUAACGCGUGGAAUUGAGUUGCUGAAUAAAAUCCGGCUACUAGUAUGGGAUAUAAAGGUGCCCGUGAAACUGAGUCCCGAGGCUCUGCGUUAUAUAGUGGAUGUUUCUAUUGGCGAUGCGAGAAAAGCGCUGAACCUGCUAGAAAUGGUGGAGGUUUCCACCAGAGAAUCGCUGUUAGAGACACCGCUUUCAAUUGAGCAACUGAAAAAGCUGAUACAAAGCAAUUCAGCAGACCUCCGUACGUACUACGAUGCAAAUGGAGACAACCACUACGAUACUAUUUCUGCAUUCCAUAAAUCUGUUCGCGGCUCGGAUGAAAAUGCCGCCCUCUACUACCUCGCCAGAAUGUUACAGGGAGGGGAAGAUCCCUUAUUCAUAGCCAGGCGUAUGAUUAGGAUGGCAAGCGAAGACAUUGGGCUUGCGGACCAUUCGCUGUUACCUCUGGCUGUUGCUGCGCAUGAUUCAGUGAUGAAAAUCGGCUUACCGGAGGCAGAUUUAAGCUUAGCUCAAUGUGCAGUUGCAAUGGCCAGAGCUCCUAAGUCUGUGCAGCUAUAUAGAGGCUGGAAUAAGGUCAAGGCCAUGAUUGGCGAGAAUAAGUAUAAACUGGCAAGUAGUGAGAUCCCCAUGCACCUGCGAAACGCACCAACCAGAUUAAUGCGGGAAUUAGGCUAUAGCGAUGGCUACAAGUAUAAUCCUGAUUUCAAGGAUGGCAAGGUAGCCCAGGAAUAUUUCCCUGCUGAAGUACUGAAUGAGGUCGAAAAUAAAGAUGAACUACUGUUUUUAGCUGGCAAGCACCUAGGGGACGUAGUAGACGAAGACUACCAAUCUGACACUCAAUAA